AGUACUCUGGCGAGGCUGAGAGCCGUCGGACGCGACUGUGCGCGGGGCUGUGCGCGGGGCUGUGCGCACGUGUGAACGCGAUGAAGCUGACGCUGCUAUUGUGCACGGCGACGACGCUACAGCUCGCUACCUGUGUUUCCACGGUCCAGCUGAGCCUCGAGCUCGUGCAAGUUUUAUUCAGGCACGGAGAACGAACGCCCCAGGAGGACGAGGCUAAGUUCAUUCCCGACUCAAACCAAUCCUUAGCAGGACCUUGGGGAUACUCUCAAUUAACAAACGUCGGCAAGCAACAAGAGUAUCGGCUUGGCCAAAUACUGCGUGAGAAAUAUGGGGAUUUCCUUGGCGAUUAUCGGCCCGAAGACGUUUACGCAAUCAGUUCACCAUUCGAUCGAACGAAAUCGUCAUUGGCACUAGUUCUCGCUUCGCUUUAUCCACCCGAGGGCGAGCUCAAAUGGAAUGAACAACUCGACUGGCAGCCUAUACCCAUUAACUUUGUGCCUAUUAAGUUUGAUAUUCUUUUCAACUCUGGUCAAUGCCACAAGUAUCAACAAACUUACGAUUAUCUGAUGAAUUCAAGAGAAAUGAAGAUGCGCGUGAUGGAAUACAGUGACAUUUUUGCGUUCUUGUGCAGAAUCUAUCCCGACCAGCAGUUCAACUUGGCACAACUAUUCUUCAUGAACAAUUUCUUAAACUAUCUGAACUUCACAGGAGUAGAACUGCCAAGUUGGUAUUCGACCGAGCUUCAUCAAAGAAUAAGCAAGGCGGCUCUUUUAUACUUGGACACUUUGUCCUACACGCCAAAUCUGAUCAGAAUGAACGGUGGACAUAUGGCUAAAAAAUGGCUUAAGAACCUCAACAUCAAUACUAACAAACCUAAUCCACGAAAAAUCUAUUUGUUCAGUGGUCACGAGUUUACCAUCUACGCGCUAGCUAAAGCCCAUGAUAUCACACUUGAACAGUCACCUGCUUUCGGUUCGGCACUCGUUCUGGAGAAAUUACGAGACAACGAUAAUAAAUUGUUCGUUCGGAUGUUCUAUAUGACUGGAUCGGGAGAAGAAAUUCCAAUCAAACUGUACGGUUUCGAAUAUUGCCCUAUGCAUCUGUACUUAAAACUCCUUCACAGUUCGUUACCCACUGUUGAAGAGUCACGAUGUUUAUACCAAAUGAAGGGAUCGGCAGAAUUGGAGAAACUGUUGAACACCGACACGUUCAGCGUUUCUUCUUGAGCUUUUAGUGUUAUUGAUAAAUUUACACUAAUAAAUUUAAUGUACAG